UUGCUGUGAAUGUACAGCCAUUAGAGCCACCUGACUCUUCCAGAAGAGAUAAGGACAACUGGCAACAACAGAACAACAGAAGCCUUUCUUACAUUUAUCUGCCUGCACUUCAAUAAAGAAACUUCCAGACAAGUCAUGGAGCCUAAAACGAUUGAAAUGGCAGCCCUGGGAAGGGCCCUGUAUCCUGGCAUGUUGUACGACUGCCGCAGAGAUUCUUUCAUUCCAGGUGUUACUCUAUGGGAUAAACAGUCUUUGUCCAAGGAUUUGGAUGUGCAUCGACAGCCCAAGACUGAUCUGAAAUUUGUUGCUUCUGACUCACUCCGGGAUAAGGCCAGCGUCCUUGAUGUCAGCGCCUCCCUCAAAGCCAGCUUUCUGGGUGGUUUAGUGGAGGUUGGAGGCUCAGCCCGAUACUUGCGUGACAAGAAGUCCUCAGACCGUCAGUCUAGAGUUACUAUGCAGUACAGCCAGACAACAAGAUUUGAGCAACUUACUAUGACCCAGCUGGGCAAAAUCUCCUACCCUGAGGUGUUUGAGCAGAAGACCGCCACUCAUGUUGUUACAGCUGUACUGUAUGGGGGUCAGGCCUUCAUGGUGUUUGACAAAACAGUCUCAGAGAAUGAGGACAAACAAGAGGUUGAGGGAAAUCUGAGGGGAAUGGUUAAGAAGAUCCCUUCAUUUUCCAUAGAGGGGGAAGGAGCUCUAAAGAUGAAUGAGAAUGAAAAGAAACUGGCUGAUAAUAUCAGCUGUACAUUUUAUGGUGACUAUGAGCUCGAGGAGAACCCCACCACAUACAUGGAAGCCUUGCAGCUGUACAAGAAGCUACCAUCUUUGCUGAGGCAGAGGGAGAAUGAUGCUGUGCCUGUGAGGGUUUGGCUCCAUCCCCUGGCACGUUUGGACAGUAAAGCAGCUAAGCUGGAGAGAGAAAUCGGAGCAACGCUCAUAACUAAAGUCGAAGGCUUGUUGGAGGAGCUGGGAGAUGCAGAGAGGAGAUGCAAUGAUCUGGUUCAGAACACAGCAGUAAAUGAUUUCCAGGAUGUGGGGGAAAGGCUGCACAUAUUUCAAGAAUCGUUUGGUAUCUACAAGGUGUUGUUACAAAAAGCUCUGGCCAGUGUGCUUCCUGCUAUUCGGGGUGGGGAGGUGAAAGACAGUUCACUGGCUGACAUUCUGACUACCCAUGCCAACUCCCCCUUUAGGGCUAGCAAGCUAAAGCAGUGGUUAGAGAAUGUUAAUGGUGAACUAGAUCUGCUGAGUUCCUACACCAGGGAACUGAGUGAAGUCCCGAUAAUCACAUCCUCAGCCCAGUUCAACAGCAUCCUCUUCAGUCCCAUGGUGGAUACAGUCAUAUGCUUCUCCUUCACUUCUGUGAAGUAUGAAGAUCCAUAUCUGCAAACCAUAACAGAGUUCCUGACAGCAGAUCCAUUUGAAAAGCAGUCAACAGUUCCAAAAUCAAGUGACCAAGACAUCAAGCCUUGGUUCAGCAAUCCUGAAAUAUCUAAGAAGAUGAAAGAGAACCUUUCCCUCUUCAAAAGUUUUUUUAAUGCCAAUAAGGAUAAGAAGACAGCCAAGUUUGUCAUUUCAUCAAUCUCAGACCCCUCCAAUCCUGGCAUCUCCAUCCGCCUGUAUAAACAAGAGAAAUUAGUGGAUGGCCACUUUCAGCCAGUGUCAAAGCCUCCUGCUCCCAGCGUGGACAUUCAGAAUAGGAAUGUGAUUCUGAAGCUUCAGAAGUCCCCAACUGGAGUGACAAGACAGUACAGAGUGGAAUACAGAGUAACACAGCCCGAUGCUUCAGGAGCUGAUGGUGGCGCUUGGGAGACCAUAGACACUCCAGAUGCACAGGAAACCUUCACUUUAACUGGACUGCAGCUAGCCAACCAAUACUGGGUCCGGUACAGAGUGGUUAGUGAUGUGGGAGUGAGUGAAGCCAGUGAAUCUGUCCAGUUUUCCCUCCAAGGGAAGGUCACCGUUCCAGUGGGCAAGUCGUGGAACUGGACCUCUUCCUCCCUCUUUAAUGAACUAAGGAAGAAAAUAAUGACCAACUUGGGCGUCUCACGGUGGAGUCUGUCAACCAUCACCUCAGAAGUUUUGAAUCAGCUCAGCGAUAUUCGCACUCCUUAUGUAGGCCCAAUUUCUGGAGGGCUGAGACCCGGGAUAGCUCUGUACUUCCAAGGGGUUGUUAAUCCAGAUGCCAAUGACAUCAUGAUAAAUCAUAAGCUAGGACCGAAAGAUGGCGAUGAUGUUGCUUUUCACUUCAACCCCCGUGUCUACAACAACUCAAUGGUUCGUGACAGCUUCAGAAACGGAAAGUGGGAGAGUAUAGAAGAGUCUCAAGGGUGUCCCUUAGUGAGGGGAUCAGCCUUUGAUAUCUUCAUUGUUGUCAAAACAGACGGCUACGAGGCAUAUGUAAACGGCCAGAAAAAAUGCUUCUUCAAGCACCGAAUGCCAAUUGAGAAAGUGACCACACUUCACAUCAAAGGAGAUGUCUUCAUGAACACCAUUGGUUAUGUAGCAAACUGGAGCACAUCCACUUUUGGUAAGGAACAAAGCCCAGGAGUCUCACGUGGGAAGUUUUCCCAGAUCCAGUUAGGAGUGCCAUAUCCAGUCUGCAACCCUAGCAUACCUUUUGUGGGACCACUCAUUGGAGGGCUGAAAGUAGGACUGGCUUUGUUCUUCCAAGGUGUUGUUCCUUCAGAUGCCAAUAGCUUCGCAAUAAAUCUGAAGACUGGGCAAAGGGAUGGAGAUGACAUUGCAUUCCACUUCAACCCCCGCGUUGGGACACCCUCUGUUGUGCGCGACAGCUUCAGAAAUGGGCGGUGGGAGAAUCCAGAAGAGACCUCAGGGGGUCCAUUUGUGAAAGGAGGAGGCUUUGAUUUGUUCAUGGUUGUUAAACCAGAAGGCUAUGAGGUAAUUGUGAAUGGGCACGUUUUCUGUAUGUUCUGGCACCGUAUGCCAGUGGAGAGCGUGUCUGCGCUUCAUAUCCAUGGAGACAUUUUCAUGACCACCUUUGGCCUCAUUGAAGUGGACAAUGUUAAUAUGAAGGUCAUCAUGCCUGCCCAUAUUUGAGGAUACUAAUCAUCUCCAUUAAGUUUGUUUUUUCUUUAUGUUGUAUUCAAGUAUCAAAAUGAUGAUCUUGUAGUAGUCCCUGUUCUGACCACCUCCUUGUUUCUACUCUCAUUGUCCAUUUUAUCAGCUCCACUUACUAUAUAGGUGCACUUUGUAGUUCUACAGUUACAGACUGUAGUCCAUCUGUUUCUCUGCAUACUUUGUUAGCCCCUUUUACCCUGUUCUUCAGUGGUCAGGACCCCCAUGGAUCCUCACAGAGCAGGUACUAUUUGGGUGGUGGAUCAUUCUCAGCACACUGAGAAUUACAAAGUGCACCUGUAUAGUAAGUGGAGCUGAUAAAAUGGACAAUGAGCGUAGAAACAAAGACGUGGUCAUAAUGUCUUUCCUGAUCGGUGUAGGUAAUGAGGUUUUAUUUAAUAAUCCAGUGCUUCAGGUGUCUGCUGUUUGAUGGUUUAUCAAGCUGAGAGUUAAAGGUACACAAAUAAAGUUUUCCUAAUUUGAUGAAAGAUUGCACAUCACAAAAUAACCAAUGUCUCUCAAUGUAACUCAUGAAGUUGCUUCUGUAGAAUUUGAAAAAGUUGCGCAUUUCUCUUCAAAUUAUAGUAAGUAUAAUGUGAAUCUUCUUUGCUUUCUCCAGUUGAAAAUGACUCAAGUUCAGGGACAGGGUAUUCAUCCAGGCUUUAUGCUUACAAUAUAGAAUGACUCUUAUUUCACCUCUCUUUAAGCUAAGCAUAUCACUGCUGUUAGGAGAAAACCUCAUAUCUCCAUUUUUGUCAUUUAUUCAGUUUUUGACAAUGUGAUCAUGUCUCUUGCUCUUUACUUUAUGUGUAAAUUUCUUGAUGAAUGAACCAAAAGAAACAGCCCAAAACUAUUUGGAAAACACUCUGGUUCCACUGAUUUACAUUAAAAGUAAAGUAUAUUUUUCCUUCUCCUGUAAAGUUACCAUUUUGGAGAUACAAGGUUUUGUUCUGACAACAGUGAUAUAACAUUGCAGUGAAACUUUAUACACUGGUUAGGUUUUAAUGGUACAGCAUAUAUCUGCAGAAAGAUUGAGGUCUCAAGUUAUUUUAAUUUGUACAAAAAAUAUUAGGUUAUCAAGAAUCUGCCCUACGGAGACAAAAUAGAUAAUAUAUAGAUAAGCCAAUUUUCCAGCGCAUGGUACAGCUUGACUCGACUACACUUGCUUUUGGUACCAGCUACUUCGUUUUCCACUGCAGAUACAGUACACCCUCGAUGUAGCUGGUCGCCACAUGAAACUGCCGAUAUGUGAAGACAAAAUGUGGUUCAGAAGAGGCUGAUGGCAGCAAGAUAAAAUACCAGGAGAGUUUGGGAAAUACUAGAAUCAGAGUUCAGACGACUAGACAAUUCUGGUAGCUCAAAGGCGAUGCAAGAGUAUGCUACCUGGUUGCUAACAUUAGCAUAUGUGUUUAGCAAUUCUCUCCAACCAAUCUGUAGUCACUAGCUUUUUUACAUCACCUUCUGGUAUUGGUUCAGCUCGCUCGGAGCCUCGACAGAGGUGGUACCAAAAAUUGUACCUGGUAUCAGGUCCCAGGUACCAGAUUUGCCUGGUGAAAAACUAAAAAAGCAAGUAGAGUCAAGUCGAGCUGGUACCAUGCAGUGAAAAAGAAGCUUUAAUGUAACUGUUAUGUGAUUAAUACUGGCAAAUUAUGGUUUUAUCACAAUGCAAAAAAUGUGACAGUGCAUCACAAUGAUUUUAUUCACACACAGUAUAAAGUAUUGACUUGAUUCUUGGACCAAAUGUUUUGUUAUGCUACUACUGGUAAUCUUAAGUAGUUAGUAAAUUUGGAGGAUAUCUAAAGAAUAAUAUGUUUCAUCUAAGAAUCCAUAGCUUUAAUGACUAAAAUCACAGAUUUCAGUAGAGAAUUUGAAUAGAAUUUUAUUUAAGCAAGUUUAAUUUAAUUUAAUUGGCCAAAUAAACAGUGUAUUGACAAUAAUGUUUAGUGCACUGGUGUAUUGAUUUUUUUUUAUUUGACAGCUUAAAUGGUUUAGCUUUGGUAUUAUUUGCUUUGAUUUUUCUUUAACAUUGUUUUUUCUGCUUUUUCAUUGCACCUUCAUGCAUUUUAUUGUUAUCUUCUUGAAGCUCCUGCUAUCCAGAUGUAACAAAAAAAAAGAUUCUUGUUGGAUGAAGUUCUCUGAAUAAAGUUCGACAGAAUCACA